AUGCCAGGCAUUCUGUCUGAGCAACAACAAGAUUCCCUCAAGAAGCGCAAGAGAAAUGCCUUACAGGAAGAAUCUACAAACUUGGCAGAACCAUACAACACGGCCUUUAUCCCAGCAUAUCUCCAUACCUCAAAUCCCUUGUUCCGCCUGAAUUGUCCAGACCUACCAAAGGAAAACUCAGAAAAUCCCCACCGUCACCGAUGCAUUCCUCGAAAGCGACGAGUCCUCCAACAACCCUGCCAUCAACAGAACCAACAACCAUGGCCUGGGCCCGAUAACCAACCGACUCCAGCCAAACUCAUAGCUCCAAAUCUCUACAUUCCCCAGGGCUCGAAUUUCGCCUCGCCACCGGUCUCGCCAAAAACUAUUGUCCCCUUAUCGUACUCGCCUCAUCAGCAGAAUCAAUGUACUUCUGCUGCUUCGCUGCGGCCGUGCCAUAUUUGUUAUCGACGGCCUACGACGAGGGAAUUGCUAGAUGCGUAUGCAGAUUGUGAUUUGUGUGGUGAGCGGGCUUGCUACAUUUGUCUGCGGCAGUGCGAUGCUAUUGAUUGUCGGGGAUCUGUUAAUCUCGGGGCGAACUAUUUGAUUAGAGAUGGGUCGGAUAGGAUACAGGAGGAUGUUAAUGGACGAGAUUCGGAAAUUAUACAGACGAGGAAGAUCUGUUCGUGCUGUGCUGUUGAGGGUAUGACGGAGACUGGGAUGGAGGUGGUGCGUUGUCUUGAGUGUGUUCGUGCUCAUUUGCCACAGUGGCAGGCUAUGGGACAAGCGGGUUAA